AUGGUAAAGCAUGCAGUCGCUGGAAAUGUGUUUCCAGAUAACAGAUGCACUUACGUUGGAGCCUCUCUACUGUACGCUAUAGUUAGCCUUAUUUUAAACGUCAGAUUGAUGAUUGAGCUGCGCAAACUAUUGAAGAAUGAGCCGUUUUGGAAGACAUUCACGACACGAAAAGGGCAUGGCGCUUUACACUAUGCUUGUUUUUUCGUUCACUACGUUGAUGUGCACUCAGCAAAUCUUGAAAGGGAUUGCCACUUUCGCUGA